ACGUGAGCGGGGCGAUCCUGCUGGAGAGGCAAGCCCGCGAGGAGGUCGCCCUGCUGACGAAGGAACUGGAGCGCUCGAAGACCCAGCUGCAGGAGGCCGAGAAGUGCAUCGCCGUCUACAACAAGAAGCUGCAGGACCUCGUGCAGAACUACGCCGCUCUGUCGCCCGUCAUCGAAAAGAAGAAUCACUUGGUAAAGGAAGUGACUAGUCUGCGCGAGAAGCUCCAGGAAGUAGAAAAGAAGCACAGUGAGGAGGUCGAUACACUGAAGGUGCAGCAGCAGGAGGCGGCGAAGGAGGGACAAGAAACCGUGGAAGCGACGCGAGCCGAGCCCAGAAAGCAUAAGUGCCUUUACUUCGUGCACCUGUUGCCUAGCCCCUGGCCGAAGAAAACUCGCCAGUCAUCCUCGAGGUUUUGCUUUCACGGCGCCUUCCCAACAGCCAAGGAAUUGGCAGAGAAACACCAGGCCGCCCUCAAGGAGUUGGAGGAUCUCUUGCAGAAGGAGAAAGUGGACAAGAAGGCCGAAGCCGAACACCACUCGAAAGUCAUUGAGGAAAUGAGGCGGAAGCACCACCAAGAAAUGGAGAGUCUGCGAGGCCGCCUGCAACUGCUGCAACAGAGCAUGUCCUCGCGAGCCACCAGCAACAUGGACCUCUUUGCCAACAAGCUGCAGGCGACCAGAGCGGAAUUCGAGGACCAGAUUUCGGCGCGCGACUCUCGCAUCACCAAGCUGGAGGAGAGCUCGCCACGCCAAGGAGUCCCUGCGCCACCAGCAGCUCCUGACUGUAUGAGGGGCGUGGUCACAAACUCAGCUUCCACGCCCACUUCCUCGCCUGGCAACCGCCCGGAGUCCCGACCAGGAGAGGCUGUUUCUCCAAAGGAAGGCGACGGAGACCUCAACGCAGAAGGUGCAAGUGAUCCCGGGACCUCAGCCUCCUCCAGCACAACUCCGACGGUACGAGAAAGUGACGAAACCCCCCGAGGACCUGCAGCUUCCGUGGCGGGGGUGUCGAGGAUGGACAAGAAGAGGAAACUCUACUCGGGGGAGUCCCUGCUACAGGACCCGAGUGUGUGAGAUCCCUAGAAGAAUUGAGUUUAGGUUUGAUCGUUCUAGUUUUAAGGUUUAUUUCUUCAUGUUAUUUUGUGGUGAUUUAUUUUUUUCUAUGGAUGAAGCAAAAGUUUUUUAUUUGAUGUAUUGAGAGUUCGAGGUUUAAAUUUAUGGGUUUGAUUAAUUCUUUUUUUGUGUGAUGUCUCGUUUCAGGGAAUCACAGAUUUCGAUUCAACUAAAACGAGAAGAUCGCUUUAAAUAAAAAUUAUAUGUAUAUUAUUUGCCAUUAAGAAUAUCAGUUCGUGAAUUACAGUUCUUGAGCCAUUUACCAAAUUUAUGUUGUUUUUUUAUUAAAUAAGUAGAGAUUACCCGAAAAAAGUUAGUUUUCUAUUUUGUCGAGGAUUGGCUGAGAAGUCUUUACAGAAAACGGGAUCAUCAAAAGCUUGGGCUGACUAGUAUAAAUUGUAGUAAGUCCAAAUCACAGUUUAUUUAUACUCAAAAGAGCCAGCUAUUAAACAUUCUCCUGUUGAAAUAAAGAAGAGUUUAUUUUUUUGUCUAGCGAUCAGUUUUGUUUUGAAAUAUUAACAGUUAUAGAAUGCAAUAUUUAUUUUACAAUUUAUAUUUUGCCAGUUUGGUAAAACUUAUUAAUUAAUAAAAAUCAUUAUCGUG